AUGAAUAUCUUAAAGGUCGUCAAAGUUAAUCAUAUCAUCCUCAUUCCACUCGAAGCUCUUAGACCUACUGAUAUCAUAUCUCUGAACUUACCAGAAAAAGUAUCUCCAGAGUCCAUUAUUCUGAGAAAACGCUCUGAAAAACCAGGAGUCCAGAAUACGACUACUGCACAGGUCCUACAAAUCAUCCGGACAUCAAAAUGUUCAGAGAACACAUCAUGUGAGUCGCAUAGAAGGUCUUUUAAACCUCGGGCAGAUAAUCCACCUUUGAAUCCCCACAAGAAUACUAUAUUGUCAGUGCUAACUAUUCGGCUGUUUCCAGUCGAAAUUCUCACAUUUUCAGCGUCGGGUUCUGUAGAUUUAGUCGAGCAUGGAUAUAACUUAUCCGUGUAG